GCGGACUGCGGAGGACGCAUCGAGCCGCGCUCUUCACCAUGGGGAUUGGGCGCGCUGGUUCCGCUGCCAUGGGGUGGGGGCGGGGGCCGCCGCUGGUGCUGCUGGUGGCGCUGGUGCUGGCCCUGGGGGGUGGGCGCCGGGCGCGCGGGGCGGCCCCGCGGCCCGCGCCGCCGCCGCCCCCGGCAGCCCCGAAGCGGCGGUCGCCUCCCCCGCCGCCAGGGAGCCUCGCUGCCGGCCACCAUCAGACCCUCCGACUACACCGUCACGCUGCGCCCGGACUUCCAGCAGCCUCUCGACGCCACCUCCGACUUCGCGGGAGAGGUCGUCCUCAACUUCAAGCUGUCGGAGACAACGAGCGAGCUGCUGCUGCACGCGGGCGAUGGCAUAGAAAUCCAAUCCGUCAAAAUCAGUAGGGGCAACACCGUAUAUCCAGUGGAAUCCUCCGCCAAGGACUCGGGGACGGACAUAUAUAGAAUCACAAUGUCAAGUCCACUUGUGCAGGGAACAAUCUCGUAUACAUACACGGCGACAAUUGCAUUCAAAGGAAAAUUUCAGGAACAAAAUAAUGGUUUCUAUAAGAGCAAAUACGUCAAGGAAAAUGGAGAAACGGGCGUAUUGUUUACCACGCAAUUCCAGCCAGGUCAUGCAAGAAAGGCUUUCCCUUGUUUAGAUGAGCCCAACUUCAAAGCAACUUUCCAACUGACUAUCAGGGUUCCCAGUGGCUAUGACGCUCUGAGUAACACUCCAGUGGAUAAACGCACGUCCGUUACCGAUGGUUCAGAUGCUGAAACUCCGUUGGGGGAGGAUAUCACCUUCCAGAAAACUCCUACGAUGUCAUCUUACCUGAUAGCUUUCGUGUUAUACGAAACUGUUUCUUUCGUACCUUCUUAUUCAGUUAUUGCAAGGAACAACGUACCAAUAAUUACCUGGGCACCAAAGAGUGCCGUUGAUGGCAAGUUAACUGACUAUAGUCAAGAAAUAACGUUCAAAAUUCUUCGUGAACUGGAAGAUUACUCAAAUAUACUAUACUCAAAGUACAUGAAAAAACUCGAUCAGGUCGCAGUUGCGGACUUUUCUGCCGGAGCUAUGGAAAACUGGGGCCUAGUUACAUACCGAGAAUCAAGACUUUUCUUCAACAAAUCGUCAGACACGGAGGCUGCUCGCAAAAGUGUAGCAAUGAUAAUCGGUCACGAAUUGACUCACCAAUGGUUCGGCAAUUUGGUAACAACAAACUGGUGGGAUACUACGUGGCUGAACGAGGGGUUUGCGCGAUAUUUCCAGUAUUUGAUUCUGUCUCGGAUCCAUCCGAGCUGGCGAAUGAUGGACCAACUUCUACUGGACCAGCAAAUGGCGGUCUUCGUCAACGAUGCUGUUGCAGGCGCUUUAACUCUUACACACGAUGUAACAACCGCAGAAGAAAUAAGUGCGAAUUUUGGGACUAUCACGUACAGUAAAGGCGCUUCCAUUGUGCGGAUGUUAGGAUAUCUGAUGGGCGAGGAGAACUUUCAGAAAAGCCUCCAAAAAUACUUAGGAAGAGGGACAACUUCAGUGACGCCAGCAAACUUAUUCACGGACUUGGAAGCAAAUUUGCCCGAUGGACGAAAACCCAAUACUUCGUUGGAAAAUGCAAUGGAUUCCUGGACUACAAAGUCUGGAUUCCCAGUGGUGCAUGUAGAACGGGAUUACAAAGCACGAACUGCUGAAAUUAGUCAGUAUCGUUUCUUUUCGGACGGCACGGUAGAAGAUGCCGAAAGUGCAACCAUCUACAACGUUCCGGUCACAUGGUCGACCCGAGACAGUUCCAGACAGCGCUUCUUCUGGUUUUCCGCCAACACGACCCUGAGUAGUCUGCCCGAAAUUGAAAACUGGGUGCUGGUGCACGCGUACGGUUACUACCGCGUCAACUACGACGAGGGCAACUGGCUGACGCUGGCGUGGUCGCUGGCGGGGAGCGAGCAGGCGCGGGUGGCCCCGGCCGACCGCGCCAAGCUUUUGGACGACGCCUUCGCGCUGGCCCGCAUCGCCCGCCUGCCCUACCGAGUGCUCGGCUACCUGCUGCGCUACCUGCCCGCCGAGGAGGACGUGCUGCCCUGGGCCGCCGCCAACAGAGGCCUCGCCUUCUUGGACGGCUUCCUGCGCCGCGCGACGGCGGCAGCCUUCACGGCACUGAGCGGCUUCUCGCGGCGCGGCGACGCCCCCGAGCUCAUCCUGCGCGGGAACCUGCUCAAGUUGGACCCCAAUUUGAAGGACGUGAUUAUGUGCUAUGGUUCGAGAGCCGCAGACGAUAAGCUUUGGAAAGGUCUGUGGGAGUGGUACGUUCGUGAAGAAGAUGCAACACAAAAAGCUUCUGUUCUCACUGCUCUGGGUUGUAUAGAGGAUCGCAAUGAUUUAUACACAUUCUUCCAAAAAGUUGCCAAAGGCGAAGACGGGGCCGACUCCACGGCGACCCGCAGCGCGUUCCAAGCGGCGAUUUCGCACCCGCGGGGCAUUGCCGCUGCGCUCGACUUCGUCACGGAAAACUUCUUGAAAUUGCGAGAGUGGACAGAUGAAGAGACUGUUAAUAAAAUUUUAAGUGAUUUGGCCAAUCAACUGACUUCAGAAACGCAAUCUAAAAGGUUCGUUAACUUCCUGGAGGAGCAGCUGAGGAACGACAAGCUGCAGGACGCCCUCGUGAACGAGCUGCAAGCCAAAGUGAAGGCCAACGCGGCCGCUGCGAGCGCGUACACGGAG